CCAUCGUCGACGAACUUGGAUCACCUCCCCUCUAUUCCCCACAAUCAGCACCUCUCUUCUUGACAGAUAGGCUUUCCUGCUCGAUUGCACAGCCGGAAGCAGGACCCUCGCUCUGUCGCGCAGCUUUUACCCGACCCGCCCAAACGCCCUCCCACGCACACUCGCUAAAAUGUCCGAAAACGGCGGCACGAAGAAGAUCACCUUGGAGCAGCUGCAGCAGCACAAGGAUCACGGUGACCUGUGGCUGAGCAUCGGUGGUAAAGUCUACGAUGUCUCCAAAUUCAUGGACGAGCACCCAGGUGGUGACGAGGUCCUGGUCACAGAGGGCGGCAAGGAUGCUACGGAGGCGUUCGAGGAUGUUGGCCACUCGGAAGACGCACGGGAGUUGCUGGGACCAAUGCUCGUUGGCGAACUCGAGGGCGCGAAGAUCGCACCCCAGAAGCCCAAGUCCGCUUCCGUCGACCCAACAGCGGCAUCUGCAAGCAACCCGCUUCUCAUGUUCCUCCCACUCGUCUUCCUCGGCCUCUGGAUGGCGUACAGGAACUACGCCAGCUAGAUGACAGAGCUGUGCAGCUUCACGCAAGCGUACCGUGUAAUGCUCACGUUUAUUCUAAGAUUGCUUAAUACAUGCCGUUCGCGCG